AUGCCUUUCAAGGACCUGUUGAAGAAGAAGGAUAAGGGAGAGGAGCAGCAGCAGGAUACAGCGGCAGCGGAAGAGCAACCUGUGUUCCUAUUCAUGCGUUCGGACACGAAUACCCAAGAGCUCAUUCGACCGCCCACGUUCAGCUCCCACAACACGCCAGACGAUCCACCGUACGCAGAUACGCGCAACGAGUCCAAGACCAGUCGCCUGUUCAAGGGACGCUCGAGAAGUGGUUCUGUGGUAUCCACGGCAUCCGUUUCGUCGCGCGCGAGCCAGAAGUCCAACACCAAGUCUCCCAACUCGAGGAGAUUGUCAGAGCGCCUGCAUUUGAAGAAGGCCGAGCCGACCUCUGAAAGCGUGCCCCAAGAUCUGCCAGAUAUACAGCUGGCAACUGGAGAGGAAGAUGGUGGGGAUGGAGCUGAGUCACAGUGGGAGAAGAGAGCAACGAUGCUGGCCAGAAAGAAUGAGCAGUCACGAAGUCGACCUGCCACGCCGCUUGGGGGUUCAACGACGGAUCUGGGAUCAUUCAAUGAUAUGUCGAUAAGUGGGAGACCUGGCAGUGCAGGACGCCAUGAGAGCGUCGUAUCAACGAAACAGACAGAUGAUAAUAUUCAGGAAGCUAUCAGACUCCACGAAGCUGGUGAAUUGGUGACUUCUACAAGCAUGUUUGGACGAUUGGCCGAUCCGAAUGGAGAGAACAAUGCUCUGAGUCAAGUGCUGUAUGGACUCGCUCUUCGACACGGCUGGGGUUGUAAACCUGAUCCAGCUGAAGCUGUGAAGUACCUCUCGGAAGCGGCGUCGAAUGCGGCGUCAGUCGAAGAUCUCGCGCUUCAAGCGGGGAUGAAGAAAGGAGGGGCAGCGAAAGGCGAACUUGUGCUUGCAAUUUUCGAGCUUGCCAAUUGCUUCCGACAUGGUUGGGGAGUGCAGAUUGACAAGUUCGCAGCCAAACAGUACUACGAAACAGCUGCAAAUUUGGGCGACACAGAUGCCAUGAAUGAAGUCGCUUGGUGCUACAUGGAGGGCUUUGGGUGCAAAAAAGACAAGUACGCAGCAGCGAAAUACUACAGGUUCGCGGAACAGGCUGGGAGUAAGACCUUGGGCAAUUCCUGGAUCUGGAAGGAAAAAUACGAUCCUGACAAAACUGUCCCGAAGAAGUCAAAGUAG